AAAAAACCAGUGGAGAAGUCGGGAAAAAAACAGUGGCCAGUGGAGGAAUUUUUGCGGGAGGAAAGAGCAAAACCCUACUGCGAUUUACCGUUUACUAGGAGGAGAAGAAGAAGAAGAAGAAGAAGAAGAAGGCGAUGCAGAGAUUUGGGGUUGGGAACAGAUCCGUUUCCAAGCUCGUUUUCACCAUUUGUGUUGCUAUCCUGUUCAUACCAUCUCUAUCAUAUGGAGCUUCACAUGGAAAACGCAGUACGGCAAAGUCUUCUGUGUUUUCCUUGUUCAAUCUUAGGGAUAAAAGCAGAUUUUGGAGCGAAUCUGUCUUUCGUACUGAUUUUGAUGAUUUGGAGUCCUCGGUCCAUUCGAAUUCUGGUGUGCUGAAUUACACCAAGUCAGGAAAUAUUGCGAGUUACUUAGAGCUUAUGGAAGUCGAUUCUGUCUAUCUUCCUGUGCCAGUCAAUUUUAUUUUCAUAGGGUUUGAAGGUAAAGGAAACCAAGACUUUAAACUCCAUCCCGAGGAACUGGAACGUUGGUUCAAUAAAUUUGAUCACAUGUUUGAACAUACACGAGUUCCACAAGUCAAAGAAGUUCUCAACCCCUUGUACAAGAAUAUCUUUGAAAAGGAGGUGAACUACCAUCUUCCAAUCAGCAGUCGCAUGAACUACAACUUUUCUGUUCAUGCUAUACAAAUGGGAGAAAAGGUGACAUCAGUGAUUGAACGCGCCAUCAAUGUUUUAGCACGUAAAGAUGACGUGUCCAUCAAUAGCGAUGAGAAAACUGCUAUAUGGCAAGUUGAUGUUGAGAUGAUGGAGUUCAUUUUCACUAGCCUUGUCGAAUAUUUUCAUCUCGAGGAUGCAUACAACGUAUUUAUCUUGAAUCCCAAACAUGAUGUUAAAAAAGCCAGAUAUGGAUACCGGAGAGGGUUCUCAGAGUCCGAGAUAUCUUAUCUAAAAGAGAACAAGGACAAUUUAAAAAAGCUUCUACAGUCUGGGAAGCCGUCAGAGAAUAUUUUAGCAUUUGAUAUGGUGAGGAAGCCAUUAUACGAUAGACAUCCAAUGCUGAAAUUUUCCUGGACGAAUGCGGAGGAGACUGAUACGGCCGAGUGGUACAAUGCAUGCCAGGAUGCUCUUAAUAAGUUGGAACAGCUAUCUCAUGGUAAAGAUGUAUCCGAACUCAUUCAGAGUAAAGUUUUGCAGUUGCUUAAUGGGAAAAAUGAAGAUACGAAGGUGUUUCUAGAAAAGGAUUUAAAAGCUGGAGACUUUAGCAAUCUUAACACAGAAUGUCUGACUGAUAUCUGGAUCGGAAAGGGCAGGUGGGCAUUCAUCGACUUAACUGCUGGCCCUUUUUCAUGGGGACCUUCUGUAGGUGGGGAAGGAGUGCGUACCGAACUUAGUUUGCCAAAUGUGGGAAAGACUAUUGGUGCUGUUGCAGAAAUAUCUGAAGAUGAAGCAGAAGACAAACUGCAAGCUGCUAUUCAAGAUAAAUUUUCUGUGUUUGGAGAGAAUGACCAUCAGGCUGUUGACAUUCUUCUAGCAGAGAUUGAUGUAUAUGAACUAUUUGCUUUCAAGCACUGCAAGGGAAGGAAAGUGAAGCUUGCUCUUUGUGAAGAACUGGAUGAAAGAAUGCGGGAUUUAAAAACUGAGCUCCAGUCAUUUGACGGAGAAGCAUAUGAUGAGAAUCACAAGAGAAAAGCCAUGGAUGCGCUACAACGAAUGGAGGGCUGGAAUUUGUUUAGUGAUGAACAUGAGGAGUUCCAAAAUUACACAGUUGCACGCGAUACUUUCCUUGCACAUUUAGGUGCUACUCUUUGGGGAUCCAUGAGACAUAUAAUAUCACCCUCACUUUCUGAUGGUGCAUUUCAUCAUUAUGAGAAGAUCUCUUUUCAGCUUGUCUUCAUCACCCAAGAGAAAGUUCGACAAAUCAAACAGCUGCCGGUGGAUCUCAAGGCCCUCAUGGAUGGGCUUUCUUCGCUCUUGUUACCUUCUCAGAAGCCUCUGUUUAGCCAGCAUAUGUUAACACUCUCUGAGGAUCCUGCAUUGGCUAUGGCUUUUUCAGUAGCCCGAAGGGCAGCAGCUGUCCCUCUAUUACUUGUCAAUGGAACUUACCGGAAGACUGUUCGUUCAUAUCUUGAUUCAUCAAUCCUCCAGUAUCAAUUACAGAGGCUGAAUGAUCACACUCCCCUUAAAGGAGGUCAUGCCCACAGCAGAUCUACUCUUGAAAUACCUAUCUUUUGGCUCAUCAAUGGGGAUCCACUGCUGAUUGACAAGCAUUAUCAAGCCAAGGCGCUUUCAAAUAUGGUCAUUGUUGUUCAGUCAGAGGCAUCUUCAUGGGAGAGCCAUUUGCAAUGCAACGGAAAAUCACUUUUAUGGGAUCUAAGGAGCCCGGUGAAAGCAGCCAUGGCUUCUGUUGCCGAACAUCUAGCUGGAUUGCUUCCUCUUCAUCUUGUCUACAGUGUAGCUCAUGGAAGUGCAAUUGAGGAUUGGACAUGGUCAGUAGGUUGCAAUCCCUUUUCCAUCACUUCUCAAGGUUGGCGCCUUUCAAUGUUUCAGUCUGACACAAUUGCCCGGAGCUAUAUUAUUACUGCGCUUGAAGAAUCAAUACAAGCAGUCAACUCAGGGAUUCAUCUUUUGCGGCUGGAGCGAACAAAUGAAAAAACAUAUAAGCUCUUCAGAUCGAGGGAACGUGACCUGAUGAACAAGUACAAGUAUGUGGUUAGCCUGUGGAGACGGCUUUCAAACGUUGCUGGAGAAACACGAUAUGGGGAUGCCAUGAGAUUUCUAUAUACCUUAGAGGAAGCUACAAGCUCAUUCGUAAGAGAAGUGAAUGCAACAGUUGAGGUCUUGCACCCAAUUCACUGCACAAAAGAGAGGAAGGUGAAAGUAGAAGUGGACAUGACCACAAUUCCUGCCUUUAUCAUAGUUGUGAUUCUUCUUUAUGCCGUCUUAAAGCCAAGAGCUCCUAAGCCAAAAAUCAACUGAUCUCCAAAUCUAAAGAAGAAUCCCAUACAACCUUUUUUUGUCCCUUUUUGAAAACAGUGUAGUAUCAUCACUGAUUUGUAUCUCACCUGAGCAACAAGUGUUGUAAUCUUAUAUCUGAUUCGUUACUGCAAAUUACAAAUGUAGAACUUGGCAAAUUUAGUUUA